AUGUCCAUGGAGGACGCUCUGGUGCCAAGUCCAGUGCCAGGCCCGAUGCCUCCAGGUUCGCAUCCACCCUAUGUAUUCUCAGCUGUUCCUCCGCAGCAACACGACGGCGGUAUGAUCCUUCAUCCAAGCCACUCGAUGCCCCCCAGUAUAUAUCCUCCUCAUCCUCCCCCUCCACAAGGAGGUUGCUUUCCAUUGCUUCACAUGGUUCCCUAUCAGAUGAUUCCUAACCCGACAGAUCAACCACAACAACCAGAUCAAAUUGCUUUUGCUAUUCCAGUGACGUAUUGGCCACAUAGAAACCUCUCUGUGAACCUCUCUGUGGGAAAUGCCAGCUCUCAUGUCGAUCAACAGAACCCUGGUCUUAACGGAGAGCAGGCGGAUCACAGAAGUUUUGGCCAUCCAAUUCACAGUCAUCCUCAUUUCAUACCAUAUGUACAGGUACCAUAUAUGCCACAUCAUAUUCCUGAGGGUUAUGCUUGCCCCCCGAAUCUCGAGGUGAAUAAAGCUAUCGAUCAAGGCAGUCAUAUAGUCGAUAAAUCUGGCUAUCAGGCUUCCGAUAAUGAAACUAAGCCUUCAGAUUAUUAUCAAAGCGUCAGCGAGAAAAUGCAGCUUCCGUCAGCUGUCGACAGUCCGCAGGCUAGAGAGAAGACUGGCGAAGAAGACCGGCAGUGGUUACAACAAUCCCACCAGGUGCCUCUCGGCCCUCAGCCACGUCAUAGCAUCUCAAAUCAGCCAAUGCAGCAAGUCGUUCGGUUCCCCACGAUGCAAUCAUCGAGUGUUGUUACCAGCCCAUCAUCCAGGUUCUCGAGAAGAAGCCAGGUCACUCAUAGGCCUGUUCAAACUUCCACCGAAGUGGCGUCGUGGUCACAAUCGAAGCGAUGGGUGAGCUCAGAAACUAAAGAGCGUCGCGCAUUUCAAAAGAUGAUCCUGAAUCUCCAAUUCAUGAAGGCCGACCAAUCGCCAUUCAUCCCAAAGACCCCCGCUGAGUUGACCAAAUUCAAAGUCUCCCUGGCAGAGGCCAAGCGCCAGAAGCUUGCCAAAGAGGUUAAGAUCCUUGAAGAAAAGACUCGGAAUAAAGAGCUGGCCAAGGCGUCGGGUUCGAAACCAGUAUCCCAGCCACAGGUGCUCCUGUUCAACGGACGGGAAAUGAAGGACAAGCUCUCGCCAGUAUUCGCUGCUCAGAAUUGCUUCAACAAAGAAGACACCGCCACAGCAAGCCAACGCGUCGAAUGGCCGUCGCUGGCCGAGCUGAAGGAAGAAGGCGAUAAACGUGCUAGAUUCGGUCGAUACCUCCCCCUUCCUCGGAUGAACGUCGUCGCUCCCAAAAUCCUAGAGAGAGAGCAGGAAAGCGCCUAUAAAGCAGACGGAUCCAUCUUGUAG